GCCUGCUGGAGCUUCUACUGCACCUGAAAAUAUGCCAAGGCCUCCACGGAACCUUUUAUGACAUCACUAUCCGGUCUUCGAGAGCUUUAUUCGCGUCGCGCGGUUCACGUCGCGUGCUCGAGCGAUGAUCGCCCAACCUCGCGUUCUCUAGUGUGGAUCCCGCGAUCCCGAUUUCCACCCCUUCAUAACGCGACCUCGACCUCGACCUCGACCCCUCGCCUUCUCCACAGCACGGCCAGCCUGCCCUCGGUCAACUCGUAGGCAGCCAUGGCGACUCCAUCCACCAUGGCCGUGGGGAACGGUGCGCUGCAGCAGACGCCGGCGUCGCCUGCUGCCAACGACGACGGCAACACGGGCGAUAUACCGCGUCGUCCAAUGCGAGUGAAGGUGCUUUACACGUUCGACGAUCAGAACAAAUCAAACUGCCUGGCACGUCUGCCAAAUGCCCUCAGCAUCCCUGUCGUUUCUCUUGACGAGGACACCCAGGUUGGUGUCAUUGAGCUCAAGACAUGCAUUCAAGCCAUCGUCGCUGCUAGUCCCGAACUCACUGCCAGACUGGGCCACGACUACACCGUGUAUGCAUACGACUUCUCCGAGUACGAAACGCCCCUAGUCGGCCAAGGCAUGCUCUCAUGGAUCCUCGCCUCCGCUUCAGCCACCCCCAACGCUCCCGCUGAGGACUCGCAAACGAUGGUCACUGGACGCGUGUGCAAGAACAUCCUCGGCCUUUUCUCGAAUGGUAUCAAAGAGACGUUGGAGGUGAAGCUCAAGCUCGUGCCUGUGCCUACGUCUAUGCAGAAGGAGUAUGUGGAGAACAUGGAGCGCUAUCACAGCCUGAGCCAGAUGAUGCCCGAAGGCUUCGACUACACCGCGUGGUCCGACUUUCUGAAGGAGAAUCCCACCCUUGGUCAGCUGGCCCAACCGGGGCCGAACACCCCUGCACAGCCUCCGCACCGUUCUUCCACUGGUGGCUACGAGCCAUUCCACCAGAUGCUCACACGCCACAGUCCGUCCCAGGAGCCCGUCCGGACCGACUCGUUCUACAAGCAAUCCAACGCAUCCUUUAUGUCUCAGCCAUCACGAGCGUCCAGUCCCGCCCACAGCAUCGCCUCCUUCCGCCAUGUCCCAUACAACCCCGAGCCCCGCCCUUCCUCGCGAGCAUCGGUUCGAAGUGAAAUGUCGACACAUUCACAGCAGUGCCCGGCUGAUCCACAUUAUAUCAUCGAGCUCCAGGAGGACGGGCCACCAAAGAAGCGGGCACGCAUCACCCAGGCAACGAGACCUCGCAACACACCGCUGACAGCUCGCAAUGACUCUUUGCACAAGACCGCCGCCACGGCCUCAUCCGUCUGGCUCCACAGACCGAUUGCUGCCAACACGGCUUCUAAUCUUGCCGACGCCGAGAUGCACCCUCGCGCGCCAACGCCGCGGCCAGGCGACAGAGCCUUUGGCGUACGAGAGUCGCGACGACUACCAGCCCCAAGCGCCUUGCGCCAUGGGUCUAUGGAUGCAGGACGGCCAUACAUAUCACCAUACCACGCGAGCGCCUUUUCCGACACUGCUGCAGACUCAGGCGACGACGAUAGAGACGGAAGUCCUGAUGAUACGCCCAGAGACAUACCGUCCUCGCCGCCCAUAGUCUCUCAACGCACCUCACCUACGCCCUCCAGCCCAACUUUGCCAACCUUCCCCCUGUUGACGGACUCGGGCUUCGUUAGUGACGUGCCGUUGAGCAGAGAGGAAGACAACAUCGAGGACGGCAGUAGAGUACCGGAUGGCAGUGACCUAACAGCGAGAAACGCAAAAAGAGAGGCGGCGAGAGACACAACGAGACGCCGCAAGCAGCUUGCUCGGAUGGAGGUCACCCCUUACGACCGAUCACACAAACCUUGGCAAGAGGUCACUCCAGGGCCCACAGAGCGGCUGCCGCAAACCUACGUUCCGCCCCCGAGGUCUUUCACACGUGAUCCUUACAAGCAGGUCGCACAGAGCAUCGAACUCGAGACGGGCAAAACAAAGCCUGUUCGGUCGGGUGCUUCAAGUGCGAAAGCGCCAGGCCUGCCUCGGUCACACACCCUACAGGAACGUUCGAACGCCGAUGCGCCAUUUGUGAGAACACGACAGCCGCCUACAGACUCCUUCCCUUUCCCUCCCCUCGAGCCAACGCAAACGACUGGGAAAGCCGGCUCGCCAGAUUCCACAUUUUCUCAAGGCUCCCCCGAAAGUGAAGCCGCAGUGCAAAUUUACAGUCGCGAAGCUACACCAAAUGCCCCAGCAAGACGACCUAAAGCGUCGAAGUCAAGGGGUCUUCCCAGAUCCCACACAUGGUCUGGUGCUGCAGAACCAAUGUCAGACGCUCCUACGCCAUCCGAGUCCACACCCAUUGAACCUGAAGCUCCGCGAAGCGGGUCACACGCCAAGCGGAAGAAGUAUAUCAAGGAGAAGCUCCAGAAUGCACUUGCCAGUGGAGAUAUGCCGGAUCACUGUCACAACUGUGGGGAGAUCGAGACUCCGACCUGGAGGAAGCCAUAUACUCGCAUCGAGUUUGGUACACCCGAAGGAAUCGUGCUAUCACCUACUGGCAUUGUGGCUUACGAAGUCAUUGAGACAGAUCCAGAAAAAGGCGGCGAGCCGAUGUAUCGCAUCUAUAGGAACAAGAUCACGAACGAAGAGAAGCUGGCCAACAUCUACGAGCCAAUGAACUUAUGCAACCCUUGUGGUCUAUGGCUUGUCAAAAACGGCAAAUCACGUCCACAAAGCAUGUGGGACAAACCUUCAAAGGCAGCUUCGAAGGCAGCCCCUCGUAGGAGGCGUGUACCAAGUACACGCAGCAAAUCGCAGUGUCAGAAUGAUGACAUUGCAUCGGAUGCCGUCAUACCACACUCGGACGCUAUGGGUCCGGAGGAACAGCAGGCAGAUGUUGCAUCUUUCGAUGGUCAAGCUGACAAAGAUAUGCCGCCACCGUCCGCCAGGCCACGCGCCUCAAGCCCUCCAACAAACGACAAUGUUACAAGUCAAGAUGAGGCCCGCAUUAGCGCUGAGGCUGAAGCUGCGUUGCAGCGAGCCAUCCAGUCUAGUCCGGCGGGUUUCCGAAGGAACAAAGACUCGUCAGUAGACGUCGAUCCUGACCUGACCCCCAGACCUACCCGACGAUUACUCUUCCCUUCCCCACGCAAGAAUGGCGAAGUCAAAUCACUUGACAAUGUUACUGAUAACAAGGAAGAUGAACCGGAGAAACCGCGAUGCGAGCGAUGCAAGACACGUAAAAGAGGGUGCGAUCGUCAGCGACCAUGCGGACGUUGCGUUUCGCAAGGUCUCGGCUUCGAUGAUUGCAUACCAUCCAAGCCGGCGAUGAAUGUUUACAAACGUGUUCCCAUCGUGCCUGUCGCGCCUGAUGCGCCUGCAACACCUACUGCGCAAGAUGCACCAGACAUUCCAGAUGUGCCAGCCGUGGAUGCAGUGCCUACUGCGACUGCUCCGCCCGCCACACCCGCCCAACCUGAUCUGCCAACGUCAAUGACUGUAGACGAAGGCGAAAUCGACAAAGAGAACUGCCCACCACCGGCGCCCUACGAGGAACACGACGAUCUGGCGUACUUGUUCGAGACUCCGGGCCCUGCAAAGACCACUCCAAAGAAACUCACCCCAAAGAAGGACGACGCUCUCCCAGAUAUCCUCAAAACUCCUACUCCAGGCUCUCGUCGUCGCUUGCCAUUGACCCCAAGACGGAGCGCUGAUGACGUCAACCAAGUGAUGACACCGUCAAGAAGCAUUUUUACGCCGCGGACCAUGCGUCCUGCAACAGCUGCUCCGGAGACCCCUUUCACUCGGCAGCUCAACGCGAUGUUAUCUGAUGCCAUGAACUCGUCUCCUUCUCAAGCCAUCGACUUCUCCGCCUUUCCCGUGUUCGGCACUCCUGGCCGCACUAGUGGUGCGCAGUUCUCAGACCUUUUUAACGACCAUUUCCUGUCCAGCGACAUGCCCGCAUCGAGUUCACCGGUGAAAGAUGGCAUAGUGGGUCUUGGUUUCGAUCUAUACGAGGAUCCCAACACAUCGUCUGUUGGACUGUGGAAUGAUCCAAACAUGUUCAACAGCGACGCUAUCAUGCUUGAUAUCGACAACGAUAUCAAGGGGGGCUCAGAUAUGACUGACGGUACUGGUGCGACCGCCAUGCUUAAGAUGACUGUUGGCGGCAUCACUGUAGACUUUGCCUCAAUGAUUGAGGAGGUUGUUGGCAACAACGACGAAAACACAGACACCAUCGAAGCAGAAGAGUCCUGUCCUGGUGCGACUGAGACACAGCUGUGUCCCGAGAUGACGAAGACACAAUCGAACACAGAGGUCGCCGAGACGCAAACAAGCCCGGAAGCGACGAGCCAGGGUCUGCCACAGACGCCUGAUGCCCCUGAGGCGGAUUAGAUAUGAUGACACGACUUGACGGCAGCUUGCCGAUCUGUGCUUUUGGGAUUUUGGAAGGCGUUAUACAGCGAUUCACAUUUGCAUAGCACGGCGUAGUCCACAAACGUGGAACGAGGCAUGAUUUGAAGAUAUACCAGCGACAUUGCGAAAAGCAGUCGAACAGAUAGACAUGUAGCAUUACUAUGGCUUCCCUUACGGAGACCAACCACAACGAAUCAAGACA